CUCUAGACCAGUUUGCUUUAAAGCAACUGGAAGAGAUCAUGGAAGCUACUCGCAAGGGGGAAGUAAAAACAGAAGUAAGUGAAGAAUCGAUUGAUUCCAAUAUCCAGCAGCUAAGAGAGGCCUUGGCUGCGGAAGAAAGGAAGAAAGAAGAAGUAUCUCGAAGAAGAGAACAGGAACAGCGAAGAGGACAAAGAGUUCAAGAGAUCAGGCAAAUAAUAGGAACAGAAGUCAGUGAGCAGGCUGACAUGUCACAAACGUUGGCUCAUAUUGUGACAUAUCUUACCUUUCUAGAAGAGAAGAUUGAUAGACACCAGAAUCAGUUGGAUGAAAUCGCUGUUGGAUUGAGAACAAUUGCUAAUAUUGUGAAAGAAAUCCAAACGUAUGUGAGUACCGCACCGGUCGAGCUAGAGUCCCAAGUCGCGUUCACCACUUCUUGCAUGGGUGGUGAGGCCAAGCAAUGGGUGUUGGCCAAGGCCAAUGCGGCGGGUUUCGAAGAUAUCGCGGUAGUUAAAUCUGGAGGAAGUCAGUACAAUGGGAAACGAGUUCUCUGGCGACAGAAGCGCCAGGACCACACCCUUGUCGUCUUUGAUGACGACACAGUGGAAAAGUGGCCAAACGAGGAGAAUGAUAACAACAGUGACUCUGGGAAGGGGGAAGUCACUGCUGUUGUGGCCAAUAAGGGAGGACCACCCAGGACAGGAGGGAAGAAACAAAGAGCGUUUCCAUGGCACCCUGGCAUUGCUGAUGGGAAGCCAUGGGUCGAAAUGGGUAUGACUAGAAAGACUUGGCAAGAGCGCAUGGAUAAUGCGCAAUGUCUCAAGUGCGGCACAGCAGGACAUGAGGAUGUGUGUGAACAGCCACUGGCAGGCAAACACAACAAAGGGUGUCAUUGCAAGAAGUCAGGAUGCUUGAAGAAGUAUUGUGAGUGCUUUCAGGCAAACAUUCUCUGCUCAGAGAACUGCAAAUGUGUAGACUGUAAGAACUACGAAGGCAGUGACGACAGGCGUGCACUGUUUUACAAUCCAGGGAAUGGUUCAUCCAUGGGCCCGGCAGGCACGAUGCCACUUCUCAGCAAUGGCAGUGGCCUCGGUCUUUGUAUGGUAGGUGUUGGAGCUAAUGGGACGACUAGCGGUGAUCAUGGUAUCUUGCCAGGUACCAAUCAUGCAUCGAUUGGAAACAUGGGACCAUCUCCUUACAUGUCACCUUCUCCUCCCCCAAUGAAGAGAGUGCGAGUGGUACCGGACCGAGCAUUUCUUCAAGGUGUCAAAGACCAAGGAAUUCUGCGAAGACCGAUACCUCAGGUGGACAUGGGCCGCGGCAUUAGAAUAGGAAAUAGUAUGUCGCCCUACCCUCAGGUAGCGGUGCCUUUGGCACGGCAUGGGGGCCAUCAAGCUCAAGCUUUCCCAGCGAAACCUGCAACAAAAUCAUUGUUGUCUGGUGUGGUUAGGCCCGGAUCAGUAAUGGAGCUUUGCAAAUUGCUGGCACAGGCUGCGCGCGAUGUGGCAAAGAACUUUGAGGCGCAGCAUGGCCUAUCGGAGGCAAAGCUAGCCAAGCGCAUUACGGAUAGCAAUGGAAUGGAGGCAACUCCAAAUGAUAACCGUUUGCAAAACGGUACAGUAUCUCCUUCAUCGAGUAAACCCACCACAGAUGGGACUGAGACUUCACCAGAUCGCAAAGGCGACGGGAAUGAUCCAGACCACGCAAGCACUGGAAGGGAUGAAGAUCCUGCUGGUGCUCUGAAAGCUGGACCUGAAGGUGCCGACCAGCCGACCGGUCGGCGGGUUGGCAACCGACCAGUGAAGGGCCGCCGACCAUCGGGGUAUCCCUAUAUCAGUUUUGUGAUGAACUUCAGCCAGAUGUGGGCAAUGUACUGCUUGGUUCAGUUUUACAUGGCCACACGAGAGUUCCUGGCACCAAUUAAGCCCAUAGGGAAAUUUAUGUGCAUUAAGGCGGUUAUCUUCAUGACAUGGUGGCAAGGGCUAUUCAUUGCAUUCUUUUUCUCGAUAGGCAUUGUAACCCCUCAGCCGGAGUUGAUUCCAGGAAAAUUGCAGACAGGAUUGCAAGACCUCCUCAUUUGUAUAGAGAUGUCAAUAGCAGCUGCAGCCCAUCUGUAUGUAUUUCCUGCAACCCCAUACCAGAACCUGAGGGUGGGGUGCACGGCCGAAGUUCGUGUACUGAGAGAUUAUGCAGGAGGACCUCCAGAUGUGGAUGAGGUGCUGGAGAGCGAAAAACCUGCAUUUGUGAAAUGGCCCAUGGACAGCCCCAUGGACAUCUCAGAAGGACCACCAAGCUUCAGUGAAAGUGUGAGCAACAUGCUUGUCGGUGGUAGCAAUACGGUUGUGAAGGAUGUCAGGUUUACAGUGUCGCAAGCUGUGGAGCCUGUCGAAAGAGCCAGGCAGAAGCUGCAAGAUGGGAUUGGUGUCAUCAACAGCUGGAGCACCCACUUGAAAAUGAGAGACUGCACCUUCUGGCAAGAGAGCAAGGAUGAUUCAUGGAUAGGUGUCGGUGGGGAAAGGAACGUGGGAAUUGGUCCCGUCCGGGGAAUCGAUGACCCUAUGCUGCUUGGGAGUCAGAGUGACAGUGGAAUCCUGAGAGCAUCGAGGCGAUUUAGGACAGGAAUAUUUCAUGGACAUGGCAGGCUGGACAGGCCAGCAGUUGGGGAGCUGAACAGGCCAGCAGUUGGGGGUGAAAUAGUGGAACAGAGACUGGAGCCCAGACCUCCUAGGAAGGGAAGAGGUCAGGGGAAAGGAAGGAGAGAGAUCGAAGGAGACAUUGUCGAGAUCGUUUUUGAUAGGAAACCCCCACUUAGGGGAGGUAGGGGAGCCAAGAGGUAGUACCGUAGCAGAGGCCAUAACCUCAACCUUCGUUGUGUUGCGCAUAUCCCACAAUAGAGAUGGCAGCACAAUGUAACACACUCGUUGCCUGUUCUCAAGUGUCUGCACAUGGACGAGUGGUCACUGACUAUCCACUGCUUGAUUGACAUCUCAAGCCUUCUUCUUCUUCUUCUUUCUUCUUCUUCUUCUUCUUCUUCUUCUUCUUCUUCUUCUAUGUAUGGCUACAUUCAGAUCAGGUCAUUGGUCGGAACUGUGAAAUGAUUCCCGCCAUUGCACUGAUCGCGCUGUACAAUUGUACACCAGAUUAAUACAGUGAAGGCCUAAUGAUGUUAUUCACAAGUUCUUGCUGUUCUAUUGCAUACAAUACAAGUUUUCCUUUUGUCACAGAUAACUACUUCUGCGCUGGAUGCUUUGGUGGCAACUGAUAUUGACUGAGGCCGAGCAAUGGUGCUAGUUAGCUAGCUCUGUCCCGCCGAGUUCUUGCUGGCGGUAAGCACGUACUUGUCCUCUUCGGCUCUGAUGACAGUGCAGGGAAGGGAAUGCAGUGAGUGCCACUCAUCCGUUGCAAAGUUCGGCAAUUGGCUGAGCUCUGAGUUGGUGUCGACUCUCUCACGAUAUUUCAGACAUCUUGAGGGUUUUCAAUGCGUCCGCACAAGACUCAGACCACAGGGGAUUUCAGACGGCCGAGGCUUCUGUGCACACAAUGACUAGACUUGCAUGUGAGGAGGACACAAUGACCGAUCUCAGACUGUUGAGGCUUCUGUGCACACAAUGACUUGACUUGCCAGUGGGAUGCUUGCUGAGCAGGAGGCCGCUUAGGAGGACGCGUGGUGUAUGUUGUGUUGUGAGAGGAUAGGGCAACUCAUUUGCAGGAGGCCUCUAUGUUGAAGGGAGGCCUCUAUGUCCCUGGCUCCAGUUGGUCACAUUGUGGAAGGAAGCCUUCAUGUUUGCGUGACCUUGUUUCCAAGGAGGCGGCAGGGCACCCCCCGUCUAUUGAACGGAAGGGGUUCUUCCGAUGGACCUGAGGGUGUAGCAGAACUGGCUGUUGGCUUUUCAUUGGAGGAGGCGGCCUCCUCAGGGGGUGUACUCCUACACGGGCGAUGGUUAAGUCCACAACGAGACGGACACGACUUAUUCAACAUCGUUGAAGAUACUCGUAGUGAAGAACUCGCUGCGAAGACUCAAGCACAAACAACGGACUGGGUUUACAGUCAGCCAUGUCGUCCAAGCAGCAGAACUGUUCUGGUGCCACUACGCCCUAGGGCUGGGCCUUGCCCGAAAGGGAGGAAUAACUGCCUGUUCAUGUUGUGAGGGGAUACCUGUCGGAGGGCUCGACGCCCAGAGGGGUAAGGGUGAGAGCAUGCGGGACACUUUAUUGUCAGCCGCAAUGAGCCAGGACAGUUCUGGUCACAUUACGCCCUUGCUGCGGCCCUUCCCCAGGAAUGACUGGCUGGAUUUUCACCUCCUGAGGCCAUGUACAUACCCAGCAAUGUUUGUGAGAAUUAAGAUUUUAUGGCAGCAUGCAUGAUCUGUUUGAGCGGAGUCUCACAGAUCCGGGGUCGAUGUGAAAAGCAGGGUGUUCUUUUGAGCAAUUGGUAGUGAUAUUGCUCAUCAUCAUGGUCUUUUCGACUUGGAUUCAUUUUCUGAGGAAUGUUUGUUAUCUUGCCAGCAGAUGGACACAGGUAGGCACCCUGUGCAGUCACUGCCUUGGCUGUAAUGAUUGUGAGGUAGAUAGCAUUACAAGUGACAUGUCCAAUCUUCCAAGAUUCAUUUGUUGAAUUGUUAUAGGCCUAUAGCAAAACAUAGAAAGACGGUCCAUCGUGUGUUCCAAUUUUCUGGUGUGCUAUUUGUAUCUAAGAGAGCGAUUUGUAUCCAAGGGAAGCAGCAGCUUAAGCACGUACCGAUGUGAAUUUUUUUCCUAUCUUUUGUUGUGCUGAAUCUGCUGAUAGCAUAUAGGCUCU